UUUCUGAAUUAGUAAAAAUGACUGAAAAAUUCUGACUGCCCCAAGAUAAUGAGUAUUCCCACUUCAUGGAACAUAUUUUGAUUUUCUAAAAGACUUUCUUUGGGAAUAAGGACAAGCAUCACAAUUACAGCAUCUCUCUGGUCGCUGGGGAUAUAACCCAGGGAUAGACCAUUUACCUGGGAUGGACCCCAGUACUGUAAAGAAAAGAUACAUUUCUAAAUAUGUUUCCAAGAUGUCUGGAGUCCCCACGUUGGUCUUAAUAACUGUGUGUGUCGGGGGAAGUGCAGUGGCUCUGAGCAGCAGGUUGAGAGGCAAGGUCUUGGGACCAACACCCAACCCACACUUUGCUUUGCAAACGUAAUUCCAGGCUCACUAAGCCAGUUCUAAGCUAUGCAUAGGGUGUGGAGGGCAUUGCGUGUAUGCGCGGGCUUAGCGACACAAGCUCUGUGUUUUUUCCUCAGGUGGGGUGUUUAUGGCCCCUUCUCUCAAAGGAAAACAGUAAUGAGCAAAUCAGUAACGUUUUAUGAGUUCUUGCUUCUGCCGGCCGCUUUCUUCUGCUCUGAGUAACACUCUGUGCGUGGGGACCUAACGCGUGCGUUGCAGACUUCCCAAAUAGGCUGUCCUAGCUACUAUCAGCAAUACUGAUACUGCCCUUAUGCCUCAAUCAGCUUGGAAGGGGAAUUAUGCGGCUGGGUAUCAUUCAUUUGCAUGUGCUCAUAACCCAGCAGGCUGCCUGACACACGGAAGAUUAUUCAUAGCUGUUUGUUGAUUCGGUAGAUGAACACCCUCGCUAGACAGUGAGGACUGGAGUAAGCUUCAGCGUCACACUGUUCCGGGGAGAAGGCAAACUGGGGACUGCAUCCCCCCAGCCAAGCCUAUCCCCUGCCACAGUCCAGCUUGCAAACACGCCAUGUGAGCCGGUCUGGGUCUCCAUCCACAGGGAAACGCAAGGCAGGCAGCACCCUGAACAAACCAGAAAAACAGCCCUCCUCUAUUGUGGAGCCCAAGGCAGCAGGGUCCCACCCGCAUCAACCUUUGCGGAGCAAGGUCAGCUCUCAAAGGCCAGAGAGCUUCCACUCGCUGGCUUCGCCCCUCCCCUUCAGGCCAGCCGCUACAGGUAGAUCUGGCGCCGCCCGAGGACUACCUGCCGCGCCAGGUGGGUGGAGUGUGAGCUGAGGACUCUCCCUGUCCUGGACUCUGCACCCUUAGGUGCCUGGGUGUUGCCUCUCGACAGAACGUCUGUUCUCUGCGCUGCCAUGGAAGCGGCCAGAACCCCAUCGCCCCGGGAACAGCUGGAGCUCUCGAUCCUGGAGGGGCAGCAGGAAGAGCUGACGCCUCUCAACAGCCUCCAGAUCCAGCCUUCCUCCGCGGAGAGCUCUAGCCCAGCCCAGACGGACAAGGAAAGUCCCUGGAGUCCCUGUAACAAGAUCGUGGUUGGAAGAUGUAAACUGUGGAUGGUCAUUGUCACCAUUUUCGUGUGUUUCGCUAUAGUGAUCAUUAUAAGUUUAUGCCUUGUAGGAGUAACUUACAUCGAUGAAGAUGAAAAUGAAAUACCUGAAUUAUCAUCAAACAAAACCUUCUUCAUCGUGUUCAAGAUUCCAGAGGAGUGUGUUAAUGAAGAGGAAUUGCAUCACUCGCUCACUAAAAGGCUCACGUACACGUAUAAAGAGUCCCCAUCUCUGAGCCGUUAUUUCACUUCUGCUGACAUCGUGGACUUCAGUGUUGAAAACGCCACGGUAACCUAUCACUUGCAGUUCGGAGUUCCAGCUGAAGAUGAUAGCUUCAUGGAGUACAUGAUGAGUGAAGAGCUGGUGCUUGGCAUUAUGAGACAGAACCUUCACGAUAAGAAUAUAUCCAGUUGUGAGAGUCUCGGGCUUGAUCCGGAAUCUCUCUUGCUCUAUGAAUGAAGUGGUGGAGGUUGGUCUGUGUUGGAAAGCAGCGCUCUGCAGUUUCAGAGCGAAGAGAAUUCAGAAACCUAUCUAGUAGUGGCCAGAAGGAGGAGAUGGUCCUCCCACUGAUUCUGCACAGAUAGGAAGUCUGGCUCCAUAUCCAGAAUUCGUGAAAGCUGUUCAUGAGAGCUGUCCCAGUGGGGUUCAGGUGCUAGAUGAGGUCUGGGAUGGAUCAAAGACCCCACAGCAUGAGAUUCCUGCUGCCUUUGAAGCACUGGCUGCCUCUACUCACACAUGGAUGCUAUUCCUGUAGAGCAAGGAUAGUACCUGACUUUGUUUUAGGCAGGUUCUGUUAGCCUGAGCUGAUGGGGCAAGGCAAAAGCAAGUAGUCAGGGGAAGGAGAGGGAAACCAAGUCAGUUGGUCAUUCAAGCUGGAGUCCCCCACACAAUUAUAUUUCAUGGACCCCUAAACUAAGGGUGGGAGGAAGAGAAAGAUACUUCCAAGACCUAAGUAGCAUAGCUCUUCAUCUACCUCCACUACCUCCACCUGCAUAGGUGUAUGAACAGCUGAGCUCAGGCAUAUCACUGAGUGUUACAUUUGGAAAUAUGUUCAAUGCGUCUUGUUUCUCUUUUCUUUAUUGUUCCUGAGAUGCCUCAGUAUCUUUUUUUUUAAACAUAAGUCUGUGAGUUUUGAACAUGCUCUGUCCUUUAAGAGUGUUUAUUAUUGUUAUUGUAAAAGUCAUCAAAGGAUCAUUAGGACUACUUAUUUCCUGCUGCUGAUACCACACACUGGUUUUGCAUCACCUGGUGCCACCAGCCUUCCUGUAGGACACAGUUUCUUGAGUUGUUGCCUGUGUGUCUUAUGGCAGAUGGUCGCUAAGCAGAGGAUCGCUGUCCUUUUGAAACUGUCAAAAGAGGCAUACCCAUCCCUUGGAAGGCCAGGAGGAAGUUAGUGACUGUAUCAGUCCUCCGUACAUAGAGAAUGUCUGUCAUGAGGGAAUAGAAUAUUUGUUUUGUUGGGGUAAUUGUCUUCCUGGAUAUUUUCUGGGACAGAGGUUUUUUUUCAUUGUUGUAUAAUGAGAAAUCUCCCAGCCUGAUACCUUAGAUGGAUUAGCCAUGGAUGCAGGUCAGUGCGACAGGCAGCUAUGUGAGCCUGUGUCAAGUGUAGGCUUCUGGACAAUGUGAAUUUGCUUUCUUAUUUAACUACUAUAUACUAUAGUAAUAAUAAUUGCUAUAUUGUAAUUUAUUGUUUCAUUUUCAGUAUAGUUCCUUAAACUGCUGAAGCAGGUGGAUGUUUCUUCUUCCCCUUUUAUUUUUUUACACAUCAAAUGUGAA